AGCCAAGCAGGCGCUAAUUAGUCGGAUCGUCAGAAAUCGUGAAAACGCAGGUCGUCUAGAGUAGACUGGAGCCGCCUUCGGCGUCUACGAAGCGCAAUGUUCCCAUCACAUCGCUUUGUGUUUAGCCUCGACGUCAGCAAUUCCUUUUGUCUACUGCGGAGCGCAUGAUAGACGUAUGAUAGUGCGUCAGAUGCCAGACGUCGGCCUAACGCUCCUCGCGAGGUGAUUCUUGGGUGCAGCAUGACGAGUUUUUCGCCAGGAAUCCCAAAAUGCCGCGUCGAUCGGGCGUGGCGUGCUCGCUAUCGAGUAGCGCGGCUCCGACGAGUCGAGUCGGCUCGUCCGAGGCUCAAUCUUGCUCUCGAAGGCCUUGUCAUGUGUAAAGACAGACUACCAGUGGUACAUAACGCAGGCCCACUCCACAUCGCUUUUAGGUGAGCUCGUUUCCUCUGAAUUCCUAGCAACUGAAGUUUUUCUUCGUUUCCAGAUUCCAACUCCGAGUGCAAGAUUCAGAUUCCAACCUCCGAUCUGCUACUCUCCGCCGCGGCUCACACGACGAUCAUGUCGACGAUGAAGGAGAAGCUCGGCGACCUCGGCACGACCGCCAAGGAGAAGGUCACCGAGGCGAAAGCCAAGGGCGGCGAGAUGAUGGGCAAGGGCAAGGCGGAGACGCAGGAGACUGUUGACAAGGCGAAGCACCCACUCAGCCACCAGGCGCACGAGGCGGCGGACGCGAAGGAGGCGGCGACGAAGACGAGCGCGGAGGUGGGGAAGGAGGAGCAAGUCGCGGGGGCCAAGAUGGGCGCUGCGGGGGAGAAGGAGGCGCGGCACCUUAAGCACCAGACUGGCUUGAAGUAAAUACUUCAAGGGUGAUUGAAACACGGCUGGGGAGUUGGGAUGACACGCGGCUGGGGAGUUGGGAUGACACGUGCAACAGCAAGAUUGGCUACUAUGAUGAAGUCUGUGAUGGUUGCAUGGCUGCACUGCAUGGCUGCUAGAUUUCCACCUGGCAGACAAUACCCCGAGAUUUGUGGACUUUCAGUUCAGCUUCAUUUUGUCACUGUACUGUGGCUGGGCAGGAUUGCUCGCACUGGUGGUUGCCCAGCAACGCCACUAGGUCUAGGUCCUAGUCCCUAGUGGUUGAAUACGCUGCUAGACCUAGCUUUGCUGCUAGCUCUAGUAGUUGCUUACGCUUCUAGCCUAGCUUGCCUGAUUGGCUGCCAGUUUAGUAGUUUUGACUACGCUGCUAGUCUUGCUUGCCUCAGUGGCUAGCUCUAGUAGCUGAUUACACUGCUAGGAUAGUUUGCCUGAUUGGCUGCUGGCCUAGUAGUUGCCUGCCUUACUUGAUAUGGUGGGUUUUUACAAGUUUUCUCUUCAAAUCCUCCAGCUAGUCACGAAGAUGGGACAU